UUUUACCUCUCUCUGCCCCUGAGAGUGAGAUUCCCGAACAGAUUUCAAGAAAAAGAAAAAGCGUUUAAUUGCCUUUCCAGCCUGUACCGAAAAGGGAGAGGGAAGGUGCAUACUAAUUAAAUAUAACUUCCAACCAGUAGCUUGAAAGAACAAUCUUGAGCAGUGAUAUCACGAAAAUGUCAGCAGCACCUCCUUAGAGUAAGCAUGAGAAAUUUCAAUUUACGCUUUUUGCUACUUUCUUUCAUUUGCGGCUGCCGCGCACAUCCUCCCGGAUUCACUGUCAAUGUGACUUUACCUGCUGAAGCACUUGCUCAACUCGGGGCGGAAAAAAGCGCGAUCGGCAGCAACGUCUUGAGAGCGACGCGCGGGCCGUGCACUUGCUUAGACGGGGUUUGCAAAUGCUGCACUGGCUUGUCACUUGCAUCACUUGGACAAGAUGUCUGUGCAAAUAUGGAGUAUGACCCGGAUGAAUUUCAAAUUAGUGUCAGCAUGAGCAUGAACGACAAGACUUAUUUCAAGCGGACAAUGUCUGGGAAAAAUCCAAGACCGUUUUGCGUGCCGCUGCCUCGGUUGCGCUUCAUCACAAUGUGUACCAAACUCUCCAACGUUUUCCUGACCGGGCGCAACAUUCACGCUUGCAUUGACAUGGAAGGGAAAAUGUUCGACGUGUCAAUGUUUUCCGUGUCAUUCGACUGCGUCAGGAUCGGUGAUCAAGGUUUAGCACUGGUCUCGCCUGAAGACGGUGGAGGGUUGCCUAACGUGGAGGCGCCGCAAAAGCCGUCCGUAGACGAAGACUACGACCAAUUAGACUACGAGGCAGAAAACCAACACGACGACAAGUACGAGCCAACUCCGAUUCCGCCAACCAAAAAUAAAAAGGGUUCCACCACCAAAGUGAAAAGUUCAACCAGCAGACCAACAACGCCAAAGAUUAUCAGAAUUCAGACGUCAACAGAAAAUGGAAAAACUAACAAUAAUUCUUCAGCCCCUUCAGCCUCUACCCAAGAUGUGACUUUCAUUAAGAUUGAAGAGACGGUGAAAAAUUCCAAGAGACAACCACGAGAAUAAUAAUAUUUAUACAAUUCUUUUAUUUUUAAAUAAAAAUAUCAAUAAUAUUUUAAAA